ACAAAAAUCACAAAUCAUAAAGGCCUUUAAUCUAUUCCCACCCCUCAUUUCAAAAGAUUGUGUUUAUUCCUUUUCAGUGAAAUCCAUUUCUUUCCUUUCCAGUCCCUUAAAUCACCAGCCUCACUCGAAAAACAAUAGAAAUCCCCUUUAGUUAUAAAGCCCUCAUUUCAAAAGAUUAUUUUUAUUCCUUUCCGGUCCCUUAAAUCACCCGCCUCACUCAAAGCAAAACGCCACAAUUUUCUUUUACUCAAGAGACUAAAAUGGUUGAUGCAGCCGUAUCUUUUACAAUUGAAAAGCUUAGUGAAUUUGUUACUCACCAUGUUAACAUUAGGAUUGGAGUGAAAGAGGGUAUAGAGUUGCUUAGAGAUGAAUUGAGCUACCUGCUCAUUUCUGUCAGAGCUGUAGAAUCCCAACAAAAUUUGCCUCAUGUCCGCCUGUGGACAGACAGUGUCAGAGACGUUUCCGAUCAAGCUGUAAUUAUCUUGGACAGGUUUUCUGCUCAACAAGAAGAACAUGCAGCUCCUGAACAUGGUAGUGUUUUGGAUCGUGUGCAGAGUUUUUUCUGCAUCUGCAAGAAAGAAGCUAAUCUAUAUGACAUCGGUAAGGAUAUCGAGUCACUCAAAGAAAAAAUCAUCAGGAUCAAGACUAGGCGAGACGAAUUCCAUAUUACUGACAUAAUCACAGCCACUCCUAUUGUGCAACAGAGAAAGAGAACUUUGCUGAGAGCAGCUUCCUUUGAUUACAAGGAAGAUGUGAUUGGUUUUGAGAAAGAUAUUCAAACAUUGCUGGCUCAACUUGAUAAUCAAGAUCCCUCCCUUGGCUUAAUUUCCAUUCACGGAAUGGGGGGCCUGGGCAAGUCUACUCUUGCUAGUAAGCUGUACCACUCCAGCGAAUUAAGCCAUUUUAAAAGUCGUGCUUGGGUUUGUGUCUCCGAGGAUUAUGACAUCACACAUGUUCUGAGGAAGAUAAUAAAGUGUUUUGAGAAAGAUGAACAAGAUUUGUUGAACAAGAUGGAAGAGGGGGAGCUGUUGCGCCACCUGCGAGAGAUACUGUUAGAUGGUGAUCACUAUCUUGUGGUGAUUGAUGAUAUAUGGGAUAUACAGGUUUGGAAAGAGAUUAAAAAUGCUUUUCCAGAUAAGAAAAACGGCAGUAGAAUCAUAAUAACCACGCGGAAUAAACUUGUUGCCGACGGUGUAGAAGACACAUGUUUCGUCCAUGAACUAAGUUUUUUGAGCCAAGACGAGAGUUGGCAAUUGUUCUGUAAGAGAGCAAAACCAACCCCAAAUCUGGAGAUGUUAGGUAAGGAGAUGGUAGAUAAAUGUGGAGGUUUACCCCUUGCAAUCGUGAUCCUGAGUGGGCUAUUAUUGCAAAGAAGGACCUACAAAUUUUGGUCCGAUGUGAAGGACCAGCUCUGGAGAAAGUUGAAGGGGGAGUCUUCUGAGAUUCAAGAACUACUAAAUUUGAGUUAUGAUGACUUGUCUUUCGACACGAGACAAUGUUUUCUAUACCUUGCAAGAUACCCUGAAGACCAUACUAUCCCAGUUUUUGAGUUAAAGUUGUUAUGGAUUGCAGAGGAAUUUGUUGAGGAACAAGAUGGAGUAGACAUGGAGGAUGUAGCUGAGGAUUAUGUGAAUGAGCUUAUUAAUCGCAAUAUGAUUCAGAUAGAACUACAGACUGCGGAUGGUCAAGUUUUGGCUUGCAAGAUCCAUGAUCUUGUACGUGACCUUAUCAUUGAGAGGGCCAGGGAACACAAGAUAUUGGGAAGUUUUGACUCAAAUAAACAUCAUCCAAAUCCCAUACGUUGGUUGCAAGGACAGGCACGUCAUGCAAUCUUCAAUGGAAUUGGUGAGUACUUUAAAUUACUUGGGCCUAACUCUGAUAAUUUGAAAUUGCGUUCAUUAGCACUAACUACUAGAACUGCUAGACUUGAAGUAGAGGAAAUAAAGUUGAUGUACACGAGAUUCCAAUAUCUCAAAGUGCUAGACUUGACCAGUGUGGAUGAAUCAGAGGGGAUACCAGAAGAAAUAGGAGAUUUAGUUCUCCUAAAGUUCUUGGGCUUAAUGGGUGGUCCUUACUCCGGCGAAGCUUUAGUGAUUCCUCCAAGUAUAGCGAAAUUGAAAAGGUUACAAACUUUGCGUGGUUCAGACUUUUUGUAUACUCCUUACCUAUUUCCUAAAGAGAUAUGUGAGCUUAAGGAAUUAAGGCAUAUAUUCUUUAAAAGAAAUCUAGGGAAUAUGAAAAUUGUCAGCGACCAGACAAAGCUCCAAACUGUAAGUAGGAUAAUGUACAAGGAAUGGUGCCAUAUUGAUACCAAUAAUUGGACCAAUCUCCAUGCACUUGUAAUUUCAGAAGAAGACUAUGGCGAUAAGAAGAAAGAAGAAGAAGAAUAUAGUUUGGAGUCCAUAGCAAAUUUAAAAAGUCUCAGAACAUUAGUCCUCGUACUGGGUGGUGUUAUCUCAACAAUCCGACCACUUUCGUCUUGCAAACAUCUCAACAAGGUGGUUUUGGUGUGUGGGAUAAAAGAUGUAGCAGAACUAUGUUUUCUGCCAGAUUCAGUCACUGAUUUAACACUAAGUCUUCUGCCAGAUUCAGUCACUUCUUUAACACUAAGUUUUUUGCCAGAUUCAGUCACUGGUUUUACUGGUACCACAGAAGAUCCGAUGCCCAUUCUGGGGAGUUUGUCCAAUCUUACCUCCCUUUGGUUAAUCAACUGUCGAACAAAAAUGGUUUGCCAUGCAGAUUCGUUUCCAUGUCUACAAUUCUUAAAAAUAGAACGUGCCCGUCGUGGUCUGUUUGAACUUCAAGUUGAUGACCGAGCUCUGCCUUCUCUAAGAGCUUUUACAUUCGAUGCUUCUAAGGAUAUGAUUCCGUUGCGAUUAGCGUCUUUUCCUCGUGCACCGGAUUUCGAAGAAUAUUUAUGGGGCUGACUUAAAAAUAGUUGUUGGGAUCAUAUUUUCACAAUUUUUUUAUCAUUUCUAUUUAAGGAAUGUCAUAUGUAUUUCCCAAUAAUAAUUUUUCAAGUAUUAAUAUGAAUUUUGAAGAUUAUUUUAGAUUCCACAA